AUGUCACGAGCUUCGUGGAGCAGCAUCGGCUCUGACGCCGAGGUGCAACAUCACUUCGAUCAGCCAUCCGACCACGACCCGCGUCUCUGCGUCAAUCGAAACGGAAACGAGCAAGAUAAACGCUUCGACGACGAUGGCUACAACGAUACUCUUUCCAGCCAUGGUACGGAGGCGGAAUCGGUAGAGGGAUUUUUCGACAGCGUCGACGCAACUUCUGCGGAUUCGCCGCAUGCACCGCCCGCUCCAUCCGCAACUCAGUAUGACUUCCUUGACGAUGAUGCCGAUCAUCAAUCGAACCAGGCCAUCUGUCGCAUCUGCCUCGAAUCUGCAGCAAGCGAUGGCUACGGCGGCGAAUCUCUGGGUCGCCUCCUCUCGCCCUGCCGAUGCAAAGGCACCAUGAAGUACGUUCACGCCACUUGCCUCGACCAGUGGAGAGCGGCUUCAGCACGAUCAUUGUCCGCGGUCGCAUGCGACCAGUGCGGUGCUCCCUACCGCUUUCGAAAGUCCAAGUUUGUCGGUCUGGCGACUUCGCCCACUCUACUCUUCAUCGUCAGUCUCUUCCUCUUCCUCUUGCUCAUCUGGACGACCGGCGUCGUCGCCACCUUCUUCAUGGACAUCUACGAUCAGCCAGCUGCUACCGAGCCCUCGCGCUCUUCCCAGAAAGCUAAGCCUGGGAGCUGGUGGCCGUGGCGAGCUUCGGUUCUGGAUCACGACACCAGUCUUGCUUCCGUAGAAUCGGAUGCGUGGUCUCAUCUCGAUGCAGACUACACACCCGGCCUGUGGAGCUACAGCAACCUCAUGUACGAGCCCGCAGCCUACGCCAAGCUCAUCAAGCAAGCCGUGCGCUCCUUCGCUUCAGGAGAGGCCGUCGAUGCGGUUCGAGAAGUCGUGGGUCUGCAGGAUGUGGCGGAAGCGCCACAGAUUGAACAGCAAGAGCCACAGGAGGAGCGGGGCUUUUGGUCGUCGCUCAAGUACGAAUGGAUGUACGGCGACGGUGGUUUGUGGGAGAAGAAGGCUUCUUCACCCUCUCCUGCAGCACUGCCUUCUCAAGACGCUUCUACAUCUCACAGUGGAAGCGCCGACGCUCACGUGACGCAAUCGAAAGCUCGAGAAAGGUAUGACGCCAGAGCCGCUUUGGAUGUCAACGAUAAGAACGCCAAAGAACGUCGUCGCAAGAAAACUGCGACAAAGACUCGACGAUCCAAGCCCAGCCAGAUCGAGCCACAAGGCUGGCUGAACAAGCUUUUGGUCCAGUUCUCAGUCGGUUUCUCUCUUGUUGGCAUCAUCUCGUUUGUCAAUUUGCUCGUGGGAGCCUCGUUUAUCGGCCCCAUCAACCUACACAAUUUCGGUCUUGGCAGGUCCUUUGCCCGCAUGACGUCCGGUGGUAGAGGCCGCAACACGAACCAGGAUGGCGUCAGCAUCGCCUCGAUCCUCAUUGUACUGCUCGUCGUCAUUGGCGUGGUCAGAGCAUUGCACGUGGUGUAUAAGCUGGUGCGCAAGGGGGCAAGGAGAGGGCUGAGCAAGCUCGAGGAUGUCAUUGUCGACUGGAACUACGAAGGCGAUGCUGACGGGGCGACGGGUGACGUCGUUGCUGCUACAUCAGAAAGCGCGGACCAAGUACAGUAA